AUGGGUAAGAAUCAGCACAGCAAGGACAUGCUCCACCUGCGGCCUACAGAGUGGGCACAGGAUGGAAGGGGUUUCAAGGCAACAAAAUGGACUCCAUUUUCAAAACUACCUCUUAACUGCUGCUCUUUGUCCUUGCAGCCGUUCGACAAACCUGUCGCAACGCGGGACGGGUCGGUCUUUGAGAUCACCUACAUCCUAAAGUACAUCAAGCGAUAUGGCAAGCAUCCGGUGAAUGGUGGCAAGCUAGAAGUGAAAGAGCUCAUACCACUGCACUUUCACAAGAAUGCACAGGGCAAUCUCCACUGCCCGGUUACCUUCAAGGUGUUGGGCAACAACACUCCGGUUUGCGCGAACGUCAAGUCCGGGCAUGUCUACUGCUUGGAAGCGGUGCUGGAGCUCAACAAGAAGAACAAGAACUGGAAGGAUCUGAUGACUGGGCAGCCGUUCGCGUGGACGGACAUCAUAAUGCUUCAAGAUCCCGACAAGAUUGAGGGACGCGAAGUGUCCAAGUUCUACUUCAUUGUGAUGGGACAGCAGGACGAAGUGGUCCGUGAGAUCACCAACCCUGAGAGCAAAGCAUCUUUGCAAACGGAUGACAAAAUCCGUCCAAAUGCCGCAGUCGCGCGCAUCUUCGAGGAGAAGGAACGUCUGGCCGAAAAGAAGGCGCAGGAGGAAGCCGCAAAGGAGGCAGCCGAUCCCGAAGCAGCUGCUGCUGCGAAAGCCGCAGCUGCCGAGGCUAAAGCCAAAGCGCAGGAGUUGGAAGAGGCUCGGCAGAAAAGGAAGACGAACGAGCGCUACACAUCCAAUGAAGCCGCAGCUUCCUUCACCUCCACUGCCGCACCUUUGAAGUCGAAGAAUGAGCUGCGCAAGCUCACGGAAGAAGAAGAGUUGCAGGACAUCUACGAUCAGGUUCGCAAGAAGAAGCAAAAGGGCUACGUCCGAAUGGUCACCUCCCAUGGUUGUCUCAACUUGGAGUUGCACUGUGACAUUGCCCCGCGGACCUCGGACAACUUCUUGCGCCUCUGCGAGAAGACCUACUACGACAACACGAUUUUCCACCGACUGAUCCGGAAUUUCAUGCUGCAGGGAGGCGAUCCCACUGGCACCGGCCGCGGUGGUGAGAGUGCAUUCGAAGGCGGCAAGGGCUUCAAAGACGAGUUCGACUCUCGACUGGUUCACCAGGGACCCGGAGUUCUCAGCAUGGCCAACAACGGCAAGAACACGAACAGGAGUCAAUUCUUCGUCUCGCUCAAGUCCUGCGAACACCUGAACAACAAGCACUCGGUGUUUGGCCGAGUGGUGGGAGGUCUGAAGCUCUUGGAGGUCUUCAACAACUGGGAGACGGAUCCAAAAGACAAGCCGGUGAAAGAGAUCCAGCUCGUUCGCAUGGAGGUCUUCAAGAAUCCCUUCAAGGAAACAGUCGAGGCGAUGAACAAGCCAAAAGUUGAAAAGGUGGUUGAUCCUGUGGCCACCUGGUUUAGCAAUCGGAAAGAUCCAAUGCAAGGUCACAAGAACCGCCACUCCACAGAGGUGGGCAAGUACCUGGAGGAGGAGCUCCUACCCGGCGAAAAACGGAAGAAGGAGAUGCCAUCGGAAGAGUUGGAAUACGCGAACAUUGCACAGAAGUCCAAGAAGGCCCGCACGGAUUUCGACUUCUCCAUGUGUUUUCAGCCCCUCCGUCCCUUGUUUCGCAAAGUGGACACCAUGGGCUCAACGACGUCCGCCGAGUCAAGAGGGCAGUAUUCAAAGAUGAACAGGCAGACGACUUCGAGUGUCGUUUGGCAGCCUCUGGAUGCAAACAAGAGCAUGGCGCAAUUGGAGGGUAGCAUGUCGCUCCACGCCCUGCUUCUGUGGGUUGGCAUGCCGGUCUGCCUGGCAGUGCAGAAUUUGAUCCCACCACUGCGACCAACUUGCGUAAGUGGCUUCAGCAACUGGUCAUUCUUGCUGCUGCUGUUGGUGGAGGCUCAUCAUGUCUACCAAGAGAGGAAAGCUUGGACAGCUGUCCGCGAUCUGAUUACCCCGCCGGAGCUGUCGGUAAUGAGGCAGCUUGGAAUUCUCCGGAUGCGACUGCGUCAUGUCAUCUUAGGUAUCUUGGAGGAUGUCGACCUGUACAUGGACUUUGCUUUUCCCUUCGUCGCACUCGCCUGCGACCGGGAUGACCCGAGCAAUCCAAUGACCGAGCAUUGGGCCGAAGCCUGGAGACAGGUGCCCAUCCUAGGCCACCUCUUAGCGAAGAUUGUGCUUCGGGUCAGGCUUUCAGCCUCUCAAGACAGGCACCAAACCUGCGGCAAACUUAGAGCCUGUGUCAGCACCAUGUUUGCCAAAUUGUCCCUGCUGCUGGCGUUAAGAGCGGCUUCAGCGCAGGACGAGAGCGUCUUCGUCUACUUUGGCUCCGGCUGUUUUUGGCACGUCCAGCACGCCUUCAUCGAGGCGGAAGCCAACCUUUUGGGCCGCAACGCCUCAACGUACACGUCAUUGUCAGGCUAUGCCGGCGGCAAUAGUGUGAAUGCAGAUGGCAAAGCCUGCUACAAUGACUAUGCGCAGCUGGGCCACACAGAGGUUGUUGGCCUUACUAUACCCUUGAGCACGCUGCCCGAUUUCGGAGCAGUCUUCUGGUCUCUAUUCGUGGGGAAAGACCGCGUGGAUGUGAUGGACAUAGGUGCCGAUUACCGUGCUGCCAUUGGUGUGCCUGGCGGCAUCAGCUCCCCUCUGCUCCAGACGGUGAAUGCCAGCCAAGCGAGUCGCGCUCAGCGCGAUGGCUGGUGGUUCGAACUCAGGGCAGGCAAUGGCGACGAUCCUGACACCUUGGGCCAGGCUCUCGUGUGGGUCUAUGAUACCGCCCUGUAUCCAUUCUACCAGGCUGAAGUGUACCAUCAGUUUCACGACGAUUUCCUCCCUGGUGGCAACUACCCACAGGAAUAUAACGAUCUCGUUCACGAUCUCCGCGAUGAUGGCCGCCUGACUUCGACCGGCUGCCCUCGAGAUCAGGCCUCAGCUGUGUCUGCCGCCCACCCGGUGGUGCUGUCCAUCGUCUUGCUGUUCGCCGUGUACAGACACACACAAUGA